AUGUUAAUAACGUUUUAUGUAUAUAGCUGGAAAAUCGUCACGGUAUUGGUGUGUGACAAUCUAACCUUACCAUUCAAAGACUGUAGUUUAGAUGCUGUAUUAUCUAUAGCUGUUAUUCAUCAUUUUUCGACAACAGAAAGACGUGUGUGUGCCUUACGAGAACUAGCCAGGGUACUUAGAAUUGGUGGUCGUAUAAUAAUUACAGUGUGGGCCAUGGAACGACGCCAUAGAAAAUUUCAAUCUCAAGACGUACUAAUGCCCUGGCACAAGCCCUGUAGAAAUUUAGAAAGUGAAUCUACAGAAUUUUCUACAACCACAACCACGUCUGACGAGGAAUAUAUUAGCACAAGAAAAAAAUCUAAUUCUGAUUCAACAACGAGUAUCAAAAUGUGUUGUGAAAGAAAAACUAAGCGUAAGGAACAAUCAAAUUGGAGAAAAGGAAUAACGAGUUCCCCGAGUAGUUCUAGUUUAUCAAGUCCAGGAAAUGAAACUUGUUAUAGCUUUGUUCGGAAAGCAAUACAGAAGCUUGCCGGUUCAACCAAGCGAGGUAAAGUGUCAUCAAAACCUUGGUUUGUUGCUUCCUGGACAUCACUUGAGUUGCCAUCAGUAUUACGUUCUGAUCCUGAAGGGUGUGAGACUUGCAACGAAGAUGUACUAAAUGUUCCUAUAGAACUUAGACGAAUGGAAGAUUCACCAGACUCAAUACCUCUAUUCAAUCGAACACCUACACACAAAUCUAAGAGUUUAACUGAUAUCAAAAACUCUGCGAAAAAACGGAUGGUACGAUCGAGGUCAAGUAUACCGGAAUUGGAAAAAUCAAUGCCACUAACUCAUUCAAAACCAAAAUUAGUGAAACAAAAACAAUCACUAUGUGAUGAGGAUGCAGAAGAAGAUAGAGAUAAAGCUACUGAUAUGAAAGAUUUGGUUAAUAAAUUACCUCAAUUCGAUGUAGGCAGUGGUUCAAAAAGAUACAGGUAUAAAAGUAAUGAAAUAAAACAAAGAUCGAUGAAUGAAGAACUUAUGUCUAUAGAAAGGCUUAAGGAAAAGGAAAUCGUUCAAAAGAACAUUCAGAGGCAAGCAUCGUUAAAUGAAGAGCUUAUGUAUAGCACACGUACGUUGGAAUCCAUUAAAGAUACACUACAAUUGCUCAAAACUGGAUUCACGAAAACAUUUAAAAAUCCAUCCAGUCAGGUAUCUGACAACAUUAAAAGUGGACUAAGUAGAAUGCUAGGGUAUAAGGAAGGUUGUGAAGAAAAGGUUAGUGAUGAAAAAAAAAUAGAAAUGCCCGUUCCCGCAUUGGUGACAACAACGUGUUGUGACGGACGUAGAAGUUCCCGUGAAGAUGGUUCCUCUGAAGAUUCGUCAAAAGACAGUUUACAGAGUGAUGCUAGUGUUGAUUCUGAAGACAGUCUGAGUAGUUUAGCGUCUGUUAUAUUUGUGAAUGCGACCGGUGGGUCUGAUAAGACAUGUUCACCACCAUUAGUAGAACAACAAGCACGAACAGCUCCAUGCACACCCACUGCUAAAUCUCAAAGUCAAUACAGGUCGUCUUCACAUCCUAAUACACCAAAAACAGCACCUGUUCAUCCUUCACAUUUUAGAUUACCAACUAGAUUCAACUCACAAAAUGGAAAUGAACCGUAUCAGUUAAAUUUAUCAACAGAACAACAAGUCGACGAUGUUUUGAAACCCAUCAAAUUAUCACCUGUGAAAACAGCAAUAGAAAUGAAGCUCAGAAGAGAGCAAGAAAAAGAUCAAGAAUUAGAACGUAGAGAUCAUGUUUGUGAAGGUGGAGAUCAUAAUGCGCGACCUAAAGAAAGAAUUAGUGCAGAGAAGCUUAAACAAAUUCAAGAUCUCCUUUUAAACACUAAACCAGUAACUGGACGUCAUCGUCUACCAAAAGCUGAUCGAACGUUUUCUGGUUUACGAGGAAGGCACUUUAUUAAAACAGUCGAAGAAACAUUUCAUCCAGAAAUAGACGAUAUAGAUAGUGAUGCAGAAUCAUCGUCCUCUGAUUCUGUUAGCAGUGUUAUUAGUGUAGUGGUGGAAGAUGAACGAAAAAUUACAGAUAUCGAGUUUGACGAAUCUUUUGACGUAGAAACACCAGCAAAACCCGAGGAUGAAAUAUCGACGGAACAUGGUAAUUUAGAACAAAUCUGUUCUUCAGAUUCUGCUGUAAUUAAAAAAGAUUCUAACCUUAAAGAAUAUCCAUGUCCUAAAGAAGAUCCCAGCCCUAUAGAACAUCCCAGUCCUAAAGAAGAUCUCGGUCCUACAGAAGAUCCUAGCCCUAUAGAAGAUCCAAGUCCAAAAGAAGAUUCCAACCCAAAAGAAGAUCCAAGUCCGAAAGAAGAUCGCAAUCCAAAAGAAGAUCCUAGCCCAAAUGAAGAGCAUAACCCUAAAGAAGAUCAACCAAAUCAUACUAACCGAUGGAGUCUACAAGAACACCCGAACAAAGGGACGACAGUUCGAAACAGCCCAAGUCUCGGUUCAAUACCAAAACACAAGAGGGCCAGUAAGAGUUCUAAAGAUGAGCUCUCGGAUUUGCCGGAAACGUGGGAUGAGGAAUGUCAAAAGCAUCUCGUGGACUUCGCUGAAAGAUUAAAUAAAGAACUGAGGGCCGCAAUAGGCAUGGAGCCAGUAGAAGAUCCAAAGAAGGCACGUGAUGACGUUGUAGACGCUCCAGAAAAGGUAGAGUUGAUGCAAUAUUUGCACCAGCUGAUGCGACCGGAAGAAAUAUUAUCGGAUCCGUCAUCUUCCGACGGACAGCUGGAGGACGAACCGCUCGACUACCAUCGGAUCGAGAUACUGGCUGGAUCUGAAGCGCCCCGCCGGCCCAGUAUUUCCGUCGAAACACAAGACUCUGUGGACAAGGUACUACGUAGCCGAGAGGGGUUCCGGUCACGGCUCUACCGCAAGUCCGUUGACUCAGCGGAAGACCGGCAUGCGUCCCUGGAGCUGGAGUGUGACUCGAGGCGCGACACAGUUUCCAGCAGCCAGGUAUCGCUGCUCCGGCCUGGUAACUCACUUGAAUCCAACGACACUGCGGACACACACACCACCACACAGAGCACGACUUCCUUGACAUCGUGGAGUGAUUGCAGCAAAGACACGAGGUUUGCGGACCGUAGACAGGCUCGGUGCGAUGGCCGGUCAUCGUCGGAGGAGACGGACCCUAGGCGGGCGGCUGUCCUGGUCCGCCAGCACGCUGCCGUCGAAACCCAAGAAACGUCCAAGAGUGACGACACGUGUAGCUUAUCCACCUCGCAAGAAUCGCUGUCCGAGCACGGUGGUGGGUCUAUAACAUUCCACAGGUACUAUCACGUGUUCAGGGAGGGCGAACUCGACCAGCUGAUCGAGAAACACGCCGAUAAUUUGCACAUUAUUUCAUCAUAUUACGACCAAUCAAAUUGGUGCGUUAUCGCCGAAAAGGUACAGGUGUGGACUAUUUAG